AUGGAAGCAUCAAUGGACGUUGCAAUUUGUCUUGAUUGUACAUCAUCCAUUGCUUCGUCAUUUUGUCAAGUUCGUGAUCGAAUUUGUUCAAUCAUCGAACCGAUCACGCGAAUUAAAAAAGAUAUUCGUUUGGCGUUGAUCGAAUUUCGAUCACGUGACGAUUCUUGGGUUACUAUUAUCCAUCCAUUUACACAGUCAGCAAAUACAUUUCAAAACUGGCUUAACAAUACUAAAGCUGAUGGAGGUAGUCAAGAUGGAACUAGAGCUAUCAGCGAUGCACUUCGUGAAGCUCUGAAACUUGAAUGGCGUUCAGAAAAUGAUGGUCGAUGGCAUGAAAAACUCAUUAUAAUGAUCACUGGUGGUCCUCCGUGUGGUCUCUUAACUGAUUCAACAGAAAUAGAAAUGAAUGAUUGUCCAUGCAUAGCAGAUGAUCUCUGGAUAAUGUCCGAUGAACUUAUCAAAGAGAAUCUCACAUUAGCAAUUGUUGGUAUUGAACCCAGUGUGAUUGUAUGUGAUGACUUUUAUGGGGCACUAGCUAAAAAUACUGGUGGAGAAUAUAUUCCGUUAGUAAAUGCUAGUCAUAUACUUGCUUCAAUUAUUCAAUCAGUUAUCAUGGAAGAAGAUACAUUAUCACAAAAAUUUCGUCAUAUCGAUAUGAAUGAAAUCGAAAAGAAUUCUUUAUAUCGUCAUACAUUUGUACAAAAACGAGCUCAAUCGAUGAUUGAACAGUGUCGAACAAUGGCUGAUAUUCGAAACUGGUUAAAAAAUCAUCCUAGACAUAGUCAAUAUUAA